CGUCGCGCGUGUCGGAUUUAAUCUCUGUGGACAAAAAGCUAUUGUUUCUGAGCCGGUGGAGGAUUUAUUUUCCUGUGAUCUAAAUUAUUAUUAUUAUUUUUUCAAACAUCUUCUCUUCUAUGGGAACCAUCUGACAACAUGGAGAUACUGCUAUUAUUCGCCGUGUUGCAAAUGGUGACUGUCGCCUUGGUGACCGCCGGCUGCCCGGUGGCGUGUGAGUGUCCGGCGGCGGGGCCCGCUUCCUGUCCCCCCGGGGUCAGCUCGGUACCGGACGGCUGCGGCUGCUGCAAGGUGUGCGCCGCUCAGCUCAACCAGGAUUGCCACGAGGGACGACCCUGCGACCACCACAAGGGCCUGGAGUGCAACUACGGCAACGAUGUGGGCCGCACCCACGGCAUCUGCAGGGCAAAGGCGGAGGGCCGCUCGUGCGAGUACAACGGGCGGAUUUACCAGAACGGCGAGGAUUUCCACGCCGGCUGCAAACACCAGUGCACCUGCAUCGACGGCGCGGUGGGCUGCCUGCCCCUCUGCCCCAGCAACGUGCCCCUGGCGUCGCCCUCCUGCCCCGCGCCGCAGCUGGUCAAGGUGCCGGGCCAAUGCUGCCUCACCGUCGGCUGCCACGGGGGAACCGCGCUCGUGCCGCCGGAGCGCCGCCGCCGCCCCCAGCCGCCGGCCUACCCGCAGUACCGCUUCAUCCCCUACCCGGCCUACCCCUUCCCGAAGCCCUACCCGAAACACUACCGCGAGCUGUACCCCUACAAACCCAAGCGGGAGAAGGACGCCCUGGGCAACGAGCUGGUGGAGGUGGGGCGCAAGUGGGCCAAGGCGCGUGGAAACAAGCACCUGGCCGCCUGGCGGAAGGUGGGCGACCAGUGCGCGGUUCAGACGACUUCCUGGUCCCAGUGUUCCCGGAGCUGUGGCAUGGCCGUGUCCUCCCGGGUCACCAACGACAACGCCCGUUGUAAGCUGAUCAAGGAGACGCGCCUGUGCAACAUCCGGCCCUGCAGAUCCAUGGCCAUCCCCAUCAAGAAAGGAAGGAAGUGCUCCCGCACCCACAAGGCGCCCGAGCCCCACCGCCUGUCCUACGCCGGCUGCAGGAGCACCCGCCUGUACCGGCCCAACUACUGCGGCGUGUGCCGGGACGGCCGCUGCUGCUCGCCGCGUCGCACGCGCACCGCCAGCGUGGCGUUCGCCUGCCCGGACGGCGAGCGCUUCAGCCGCGCCGUCAUGUUCAUCCAGUCGUGCAAGUGCAGCGACGAGUGCAACCACCUCAACGAGGCCGCCAUGCCCCCUCAGCGGUGGCUCUACGGGGACACUCACAAGUUCAUCGACUAGUGGGUGUCGCA